ACACACACACACACACACACACACACACACACACAUACUAGUAGCAGCCACAUUUUCACAGCCUGCUCUUCAGACUGACAGCAGCAAACGGAGUUGAGAGCCAACGCGGCGGAGCGAGGGAGGAUUGGAAACAGGGGAGGCAUCUGCCGGGGAGGGAAGAAGGGAAGGACCCUCACACAGGAUUUUGGCCCCUUUUUUAAAAAUCUUUUAGCUCCCUGGGAGCCAUAAAAGGAUUCUCUCCCCCCCGUUCUCCUCUUGAACUGAACUUGCUCUGCUAAAAGGACCUGGACCCGGCUAUGGCAGCACCGGUGGGACGUGGGGCCAUUGGCCCCCUCUCAUCCUGCCCCUCUCGUUGCUGGACUACCCUCCUCUGGGUGCUGUUGACCCUUUUAAGCCAAGCCCGGGGCUUCAACCUGGACACUACCCACACUCUGCACAAGUUGGGAGACCAUGGCACCUUCUUUGGUUUCUCCCUCGCACUUCACCAACAGCUCACCCCAGAGCCUCAGAGCUGGAUCCUGGUGGGGGCGCCGCAGGCAGCAGGGCAGGGCCAGUUGCUGGGUAGUCGACCAGGAGCCCUGUUCAGGUGUCCAAUCACACCAGAGGAGUAUGACUGUGAGAGGGUGGAUAUUGAUGGAGAUGUGAGUCUGGACAGAGAGAGCAAAGACAACCAGUGGCUGGGAGUUACUGUCAAAAGUCAGGGGAUUGGAGGGAAGGUGGUGACCUGCGCUCACCUGUACGAGCUCAGGCAACGUGUGAGUCAACCCUCGGAGACUCGUGACCCCAUUGGACGCUGCUACGUCCUGAGUGAGGACCUGACAGAGCGAGAUGACCUGGACGGAGGGGAGUGGAAGUUCUGCGAGGGUCGACCGCAGGGACACGAGCAGUUCGGCUUCUGUCAGCAGGGCAUGUCUGUCAGUUUCACCCCGGACAACAACUUCAUUCUGUUUGGUGCUCCAGGAACAUACAACUGGAAAGGUGAGAUGCGCGUCCAGCUCCUAAACCAGACUCUGCUUGACCUCGGUUUCUAUGACGAUGGACCCUACGAGGUGGCAGAUCAGAAACAACUUAAUGCACAGCUCAUCCCUGUGCCUUCUCACAGUUACCUGGGGUUUUCUGUGGACUCGGCCUUAGGGAUAAUGAGCCUCGGGGAGCUGACCUUUGUGGCGGGCGCACCCCGGGCCAAUCACACAGGGGCGGUGGUGCUGCUGAGGAAGGACAACGUCUACCGACUGGUGCCACAGCACAUUUUCUGGGGGGAGGAGCUGGCAUCUUCGUUCGGGUACUCUGUAGCUACGACGGAUCUAAACAGGGACGGUUGGACAGAUCUAAUUGUUGGAGCCCCUAACUUCUUUGACCGUAAGGCAGAGAUUGGUGGAGCUGUUUAUGUGUACUUGAACCCCUUUGGUCACUGGGACGAUCAGGCUCGGCCAAUCCGUCUCAACGGGACGUAUGACUCCAUGUUUGGGAUGACGGUCAGUAACAUUGGAGAUCUGGACCAGGAUGGAUACGGAGAUAUUGCUGUCGGAGCGCCAUAUGAUGGAGAUGGCAAAGUUUUUAUCUACAGAGGCUCAGAUUCUGGAAUUGAGACCAAACCUGCUCAGGUGUUGGACGGCCGUGACUUUGACGUGAGACGUUUUGGAUACUCCAUCUCAGGUGGUCUGGAUAUUGACAAUAACCAAUACCCAGACAUUGCAGUGGGCUCCCUUAAUGAUUCAGUGGUUCUCUUCAGGUCCCGUCCAGUCAUUCACGUGAUCAGAGACAUAUCGAUUGACCCUCAGUACAUUGAUCUGGAGCAGCACAAUUGCAAGGGUAGACAUGGAGUCUGUGUGGAGGUCAAGGCCUGCUUCACCUUCACAGCCCACCCAGAACACUACUCACCACACAUGACCCUGGUGGUGCAUUUUGAAGCUGACACAGAGCGCAGGAAGUUGGGCCUCCCGCACCGUGUGAACUUCCUGGGCCGCAGUUCACUGGAGCCCGAGUACACUCAGACGGAAGAAGUGCAGCUGCAUCAGCAGCGUCACCCUGUGUGCACUUCUGCUGUCUUCCAACUGCACGAGAGCAUCCAGGACAAACUGCGUCCCAUCUCAUUGGCAAUAACUCACAAUAUCAAGCCUGUGCCUCCUCGCAGACACUCAGGUGCCAAGAGGCUGGAGAAGCUGGCGCCUGUACUGAGUGUUUCCCCCUCCAACACGCUGCACUCCGAGGUGAACUUCCUGCGAGAAGGAUGUGGCAGUGACAAAAUCUGCCAGAGCAACCUGAAGCUGAGCUACCAGUUUGGAACACGACCCCUGACCUCUGACCUCUUCACCCCUCUGCCAAAAGAUGAGGAUGACGUGCAGGUGUUCUCCCUGUCGGACCAGCGGCUGGUGGUGCUGGAGAUCACCGUCACCAACAUGCCCUCUGACCCCCUUCACCCCGACGAGGACGGAGAUGACGCUCAUGCUGCUCAGCUGCUUAUCACCCUGCCCAACACGCUGUCGUACGCCGGCUCCAGGGUCCCACCACAGAUGAUAUGUCAAGCGAACCAGAACGGUUCCCAAGUUGAAUGUGACCUGGGAAACCCUGUGAAACGUGAUACAAAGCUGAAAUUCUCCAUCAACUUGAGCACAUCCAACAUCACCAUUGAGACCACUGAGUUGACAGCAGAUCUCUUAGUGACAACUAUCAGCGAGCAGCUCGACCUGGCCCCGGUCACCGCGUUUGCUAAAGUUGUGAUAGAGCUCCCUCUGUCUGUCAGUGGGCUCGCUCGUCCUCACCAGCUGUUCUUCAGCGGCACAGUGAGGGGAGAGAGCGCCAUGACCAGUCUGGAGGACGUCGGCAGCCCUGUGGAUUUUGAGUUUGUGGUGGCUAAUCCCGGACCAGCUCUGCAGACGCUCGGCUCGGCCUUCCUAAACAUCAUGUGGCCUUACGAGCUGGCCAAUGAGAAAUGGCUCCUGUAUCCCGCCAGCCUGAAGUUUCAGGGUCACCCAGACACACACUGUGCCCCGACUACGGCCUUGAAUCCUCUGAAGUUACAGACGUCCUCACCUGCAGAGCCCCCGCAGUCUCUCGAUCACAGCGUAAGCAGAGCACAGACCGGGAGAUCUCGCCGCUCCCACCCAGAGGACGGAGGUCAGGUGAAUUCAAAAGGCAGCGUGGGACGAACCACCCCAGCGGUGGCAGCCUCAGAGAGACGCAAGUCGCUCAAACUGGACUGUCUCUUGGGAUCGGCACGUUGUGUCCUGUUCCAGUGUCCCCUCCACAGCUUCUCUGGCCAGGCUGUCCUCAGGAUCCACGCCAGGUUAUGGAACAGCAGUUUUAUUGAGGAGUUCCCGGCAGUUAGUGCUCUGGAGCUGCUGGUCAGGGCCAACAUCACCGUCAAGUCCAGCAUCAAGCACCUGGUCCUCAGGGAUGCUGCUGCACAGGUUCCAGUGAUGAUCUACCCCGAGCCUGGUCUGGCGGACCAGUACCGGAUCCCCUGGUGGAUCAUCCUCAUAGCCAUACUGGCAGGCAUCCUGCUGCUGACUCUGCUUGUCUGCCUACUGUGGAAGUGUGGCUUCUUCCGACGGGCCCACCACCAGGACAAAGUGCCUCAGUACCACGCGGUGAAGAUCCCUCGCGAGGACAGGCCACAGUUCCAGACUGAGAAGUCCGGCGUUGUCCAUAAAAAGGAAUGGGCCACACACUGGAGCGACGGGACCUCGUAACUCUGUCUGAAGCGCGGACUGACUGAAUUCAUUAAAAUCACCACAUGUGGCUCUCAUUCUGUCUUUGCUUUGGAACUAACGGACUAAACACAAGUGCACAUGUAGACUGAGAUCAUGAAAUCUUGUGCACACUGUACUGCGUCAGUACACACACAUAUUGGUGGCCUGUUACACUGGAUCUAUAUUCUCCUAUUCUGUAGCCCACUGAUGGUUGGCCUUGAAUAUUCUACUUGUACCGUGCAUCUCCGAAAACACCAGUGUUUUGCGGCAAAUGCCGACUGUCCAGUCAAGCUGCUCUGAGUGUUUCACAGCCUGCACGGGAGCACCGAUGCUCUCAGUCAUCAGAUUUGAGCGGCGCAGGAAAGGAGGACAGCAAAUCACAACUCAAAGAACUGCAUGACCACAAAAACAUAUUGCAAAUAGUAGAUGCAUACAGACACACUGGACAUUGUUGAAGAAAAAGCCACUGCCCAUGACAAAAACUACUUUCCUGCCUCAACUACUGUGAGACUGACGACUGAUAUGGGCAAUGAAAAGAAUCUUUUUUUUUAAAUAUAAAUUCGAUGUUUUGGGAUUUUCUCUAAGUUAGCACCAUGGAAUGGUAAACGGUGGGAAUAUGUCAGUAUGUAAGAUAUGUGUAAAGUUGUUGCAGGACACUGAAUGCGUUGUUUUCCGGCCUUGCUGUUUGCUCUGGGCUGGCUUAGAAAAGAAGAUAAUGAAAAAGUAAACCUGAUGGUUUUUGUAUAUCCUUGUUUAAAGGAAAGGAAAAUGGCUUUUAAAAUGAGGAGCCUCUUCAGUUUGUAUCUUUUGCAUUUUUUUCGUCAAUAUGUCAGUCACAUGUACUCAGUUGCCUGAGCCAACUUGAACAAGAAAAAAAGAAAACCACGAUACAGCCUCUAAUAGCCAAUGGCUGUAGCACUGUUGCAUGGAAACCAAAUGUGUCUGAAGACUGAAGCAAUAUCCAAAUGUGGUCAAUAUAUAGACAUUUAAAUUUCUGAACCACACAUUAAUAUUUGAACGGAUUUCCCUGCUGAUGAGGGGACUCGUGUUCCCAGUGUAUAAGAUGACUGUGUGAAACCACACUUAAUGCUCCCAUUAACCCCAGACACAUUUAAGUUUUCAAGUGACGUCAUUCAUUUUUUGUUUGUUAUUACUGAGAUGUAUAAAAUGUUUUACCAGGUGACAUCGUUUGUAUAAACACUGUUUCCAAAUUUAGUUGAAGUGUAUUACCCUGCUUGUAGCACUGAUCCCGACCGAUGAGUGAGGGCGAGAUUGUACAUCCGUGUCAGUGGAGACAUUUCUAAUUGCAUCACAAGUGCCUUAUGGGGAAAGUGGCGGAUUGUGAGCCACUGGCUCAGAACAUGAGGCGACUGCAAAUUAGACGACGCUGCCCCAGAGCAUCUGUGGACAAAUCAACAUGAAGAGAGAGGAGGGGAGAGGAAUUCAUCAGAAUGAGACACGCUUUCUUUUUAGAUGCAAUCUGGGUGGAUGAAGUGGCUGUAAAGCAUGAAGAGUCGGCUUGGUUUCUUUCUUUCUUUAGGUAUUGCUGGACAAUCUUGUAUUAGCUGCAUGAAGCUCCUGUUGAUGUUCUCUUGUACCCCCCGACUGACUCAGUUUUUUAUUUAUUUUUUUGUUUGGCUGCACUGUUUAACAUUGUAGAUAAACUGAAAGGAGGCGAAAUAAACCCAUCAGACAAUUUACAUUGUGUGAGAGAAGUAGGUUUGUAAAAGCUGCAGUUCACUCAGAGAACACUAGAGGGCGGCAAAACCUCUGACAUCCGAAAUGCUAUCUAACUAUCUGUACUAUUCUUUGUUUUCCUUCUUUUUUUUUAAAAUAAAAACAACUGUCUAUGUUGCCCAUAA